AUGCGUACUUCCUCUGUCUUUACCGUUUCUUGUACGUUACUGGUAUCUUAUAUCCAUAAUGUUGCAGCUGCUCUCAAUUGUUCCAAGGCCGCGUUUGUUCCCCAUCUUCCAGCAAAUACCACAAUACUCUCAGCUACAGUAGUUGCAAGUAAUGGUUCUUAUGGUGGAGGGAGUCAAGAUAAAGAUUUUCCCAAGAGUGCGACGGGACUACCUGCACUAUGUGCCGUCCAAUUACAUGUCAAUCAGGAACACAGCUCAUACAUGGUCGGGGUCUUCUUGCCCUCUAACGCCACGUACAAUGGACGCUUCAUGACAACUGGUAAUACUGGGUUUGGUGGCGGGAUCAACUGGCCUGCUAUGGGGACUUUCGUACAGUACGGCUUUGCUUCAAUGUCCACAGGCUCUGGGCACAACUCCGGCGCAGGAGAUGCUAGUUGGGCUAUAAACAACACUGAAGCUCUCACCGAUUGGGGAUAUCGUGCGAUGCACGGUUCUGUUGUGGUGGCGAAAGAGAUCGUAGCAGCCUAUUAUGGUAGCUCGGCACAAUAUUCUUACUAUUCGGCAUGUUCUGGCGGAGGUCGACAGGGCCUCAAGGAAGUUCAGCUCUACCCCGAAGACUUUGAUGGUGUCGUUGCUGGCUCUCCUCCUUGGUGGCUCACGCAUUUACACACCUGGGUGGUUCAGAUCGGCAUGUGGAAUCUCCCCGAGUCAGGCAAGAACCGUAUCCCUCCAUACAUGUUUCUCCCAAUCAAGCAUGAAAUAUACCGGCAAUGUGACCCGCAAGACGGUCAAACAGAUGGUAUCAUCAGCGACCCUUACUCCUGCAACUUCUCUUCGGCCGCUCUCGCAUGCUCCAGCACAAACUCAACCAACUGUCUGCAUCCUGCGGCAUUGGAUACCCUAAACACCCUCUACAGCGACUGGCGCGAUCCGUCCGGCAAUUUUCUUUUCCCACCUUUCGCGCUGGGCGCCGACUAUUCUGGGUUGACGAAAUCGACAUCUGCACCAAGCGGUUUCGGCACCGAUUUCGUUGCUGACAUGGUCAUGAAUGAUGCUAAUUGGAACUGGACUACGUUUAACACGUCAAUUGUAGAAAAGGCAGAUCGAUUAAAUCCUGGCGGUGCCAACGCCGAUGACUUCGACCUCUCGUCCUUCCAGAGCCGCGGCGGCAAGCUGAUCCAUUAUCAUGGGCUAAGCGACUCACUUAUCCCCGCCGGAUCCAGUAUCUUAUUCCGCGAAAAAGUUGCAGAGGCCAUGAGAAGCACUAGCCUGGAUGACUUCUAUCGCAUGUUCUUGAUUCCUGGAAUGGGACACUGUCGAAACAGCGACCUUGCGCCUUGGUACAUUGCAGGUGGUGGGCAGACUAUUGCUAGCUCGUCGCACAGCGUGCCGGGAUUCAGUGAUGCGCAGCAUGAUGUUGUUCUUGCUAUUAUGGAUUGGGUUGAGAAGGGCGACGCGCCGGACUCGCUGAUCGCUACUAAGUUCCUGGAUGAUAAAGACAGCACAAAAGUUGUCAACCAGAGACCAAUAUGUGCGUAUCCAAGCCAGGCGCAGUAUGUGGGCUCAGGAAACAUGAAUGAAUCGUCGAAUUGGGCGUGCCAAGCUGGAAAGUCAAUUAGCAUUCCCGAAGCGAAGUUGGGACAUUGA